AUGGCUUAUAGACGUAAAAGUGGUUUUCUAUGGAAAAAAUCUGGUGGUGGAAGAGCAACACCAACAGUAAUGACAACCAUUCCAGAAGAGAUAUACUAUGAAAUCCUCUUAAGAUUACCAGUGAAAUCACUGUUAGCUUGUAAAUGUGUUUGCAAGAAUUGGUAUGCCCUAAUCUCAACUUCUAAUUUCGUUAAAUUGCACCAGAAACUUACUAUCCAGAAAAAUAACCCUAUGCUCAUGCUUAAAGUUAAUGGAAUCACUCAGUUAUACUCCAUAGAUUAUGAUUCAUUACCAUCAUCAUCAGUAUGUGAAAUUAAAGAUUAUGAUAUUGAAAUAGAUCAUCCAUUCAAGUCAUAUUAUUGUGUUGGAUUCUCGGGUUCAUGUAAUGGUAUAAUUUGCACAUGGUUGAUUGAUUGGAGUGAUGAUUGGGAUGUAUUCUGUCUUUGGAACCCAGCCACAAGAGAAUAUAAAGAAUUGCCCAAAUCACCAAUUGAAAUUAGUAUAGACAAUGUUUGCGUACAUGGUUUUGGUUAUGAUAACAAGACUGAUAAUUACAAGUUGGUAGUAGGUAGAGAAGCUAAUGGAAGCAAGGAUAGUACUCUAGUGCAAGUCUAUACUUUAGCAUCGAACUCAUGGAAAAUCGGUCAAACUGUUAAUUAUCAUUUUUUUCAUUUUCAAACAUCUGGGGUGCUUGUUAAUGGAAACCUUCAUUGGUUAGCGCCAGGUCAAAACAACUGUUUAUUACUCUCUUUGGAUAUUGCUGAUGAGAGUUUCAAAGAAAUGCAACUACCAAGACAUAUCCUGGAGAUGGAGAUGAAUAAGGAUUUGUGUAUAGGUGUGUUGCAAGAGUGCCUUUGCUUACUUGUUAGCUCAGAUGUUAAUGGUGUUAAGGCUCAUUCUGAAGUAUGGGAGAUGCUUGAUUAUGGGAUUCAGGAAUCCUGGACUAAGCGUUAUGUCAUGGCCCAUGAAAGUAUUAUCAAUGACCACAAAUAUUUUAGGCUUGUGCGGUCUUUGAAGAACGAAGAGAUUCUACUCUUGACUGGCAAUAUUCUAGUUUUGUAUGAACCAAAGCAUCGAAAGGCUAGAGAAUUAAAAAUCAACAAUUUUCUAUUCAAGAACGCCGAGACUUAUUUUGAAAGCUUAGUUUCUCUAAACUCUGGUACUUAUGUUGGUGGAGAACUUGAGAAGACGGGUGAAGAAUCAAUAGAUUGGCAAAAAUUAAGUGAUUAUGUUUUUUACUUUGUGGUAUUGGUAUUUUUACUGGCACAUAUCUAUGUACUUUUUUUUAACUGA